CACAGUAUGAGUUUCCAGUCGGACGUAUUCCGGGGAACACAACCCGGUUCACGUGGGGCAGGGCUGCAGGGCUGCCCUGAGACGCUGUUGGAAAGAUUAAAAUGCCAAAGAAAAGCAAAGCAAAGAUUGUAAAGAGACAGAGCAAUGUUGAGGACGAGCAGCUCCCUUCUAAACAGAGCAGGGUAGAGCACAGUGACACUCCAUCCCCUCUGUGCUUCGACAGCCCAGCCAGCCUGUUCCAGAGCCUCAUCCAGCCCAUGGACACAGAGCAGUUCUUCAGGGAGUACUGGGAGAAGAAACCCCUCCAUCUGCAGAGGUCUGACCCCAGAACUGCCUCCUACUACCAAUCUUUGUUCCAGCUGUCCAAUCUGCAGAGUCUGUGUUCUCAGGGUCUGGAGUACUACAGGGACAUCAAUGUUGUUCGCUGCAUUAAUGGCAAGAAAAAAGUGCUCAACAAGGAGGGGCAAGUUAAGAACAGUGUUCUCAAUAAGAACUUUGUUCAGAAUAAGGCCACCAUCCAGUUCCACCAGCCACAGAGGUUCAAGGAUGAGCUGUGGAGGAUCCAGGAGAAGCUUGAGUGUUUCUUUGGAGGUUUGGUGGGCUCUAACAUCUACAUCACGCCACAGGAGUCCCAGGGCCUUCCAGCCCACUAUGAUGAUGUCGAGGUGUUUAUUCUGCAGCUGGAGGGAGAGAAACGUUGGCUUCUCUACAAUCCUACUGUCCCACUGGCAACAGAGUACAGCGUGGAGUCAGAGGAGAGGAUCGGCAGCCCAACCCAUGAUAUUAUACUGAAGGCAGGAGAUCUUCUGUACUUUCCCAGAGGAACCAUCCAUCAAGCCAGCACCACAGCAGGAGUGGAUCACUCCACCCACCUCACUCUCAGCACCUACCAGAGAAUGUCAUGGGGAGAUUUGCUGUUGGACAUAUUUCCCAGCUUGCUGUCCGACAGAAGCAGGACUGAAGUCAGCCUGAGAGAGGGCAUGCCCAGAAGUCUAUUACUGGGCAGCGGUGAAGGUCCGGACAGUCGCAGGAGACUGGCCACUGCCCUGAGAUCUCUGGCUGAUGAAAUGGAAACAGGGAUGCAGGAAGUCCGCUCCACUCACAUGAAGAGAGACUUCAUAAUGAACAGACUGCCGCCGUACAGCCAACAGCAGCAGCUGCUGACACCAUCUGGAAGGAUUCCUGCCCUGGAGGAUAUGGUGUGUUUGAGGUUUAAAGAACAUAUCCUAAUAACAGUGGAGCCCAGCCAAGAGAGAACAGAUGAGGCCAUGGAGCUGGUAGUCUUUGUCUUACACUCUUUGAAGAACCCAAGGGUGAGCCACAUGAUGGGUGAAACCUGUGAUGAAGAGGUAGAACAGGACAUCUCCAGGCAGGGUCUGCAGUUCCCUCUGUCCCACCUCCAGGCCCUGCGGCAGCUCCAGCAGGUAGGGCAGCUGGCUGUGGACCAGCUCCAGCUGCCCACACGGGAGGACAAACUCAGUCUGGUCCUGGCUCUCUGGAGUGAGAGCCUGCUGGUUGUGUUAUAGCCCACCACUACAUCCAGAUAUCACUGAAGUGAAGUAUUAAAGUCAUCUGUUGAUUUUUAGAAAUACCUAUAAA